GAACCAGGUCUGUAUGUCAUAAUAACGCGCUACAGCUAACAUGGCAUCCCUCCUGAUCCCCACUCUACUGCUGUGCUACAGCUCGCUCAGUCGCUGCUCAGAGAGCAAAGAAUAUCCUCUAGAUGUCUUCGCCCCACAGGAGGUGAAAUUCCACUCCCUAGACUACAGAAAUGUCUUGCAUUGGAAGCAACAUGCCAACUCUACCAACGACCAACAAUACUUUGUCCAGUGGAAAGUAUAUGGGGAGAAGCAGUGGACCAAUGCAAAGGAGUGUCAUGGCAUCAGCCGGCUGCUCUGUGACCUGAGCAAGGAGACAUCCAACUCCAGAGAAUGGUACUACGCCAGGGUCCAUGCAGCCCACUCAGGGACCCAAUCAUCAUGGGUCAUAUCUGCCAGAUUCAACCCUAAGUGGGAGACCUCUGUCAGCCCACCGACUAUGAAACUUCAUGUGACGGAGAAAGGCAUUGUCGUCCGGCUCAAGCCUCCACGCUCUCCCCACAGGAGACCUAAUGGCAGCUGGAUCAGUGUGAGGAGGCUGCAAAGAAUGUCAUUUACUAUACACCUCAUGCAGAGUGAUGUUGAGGAGGAAACAUUUGAAAUGGAGGGCUGUGCCAAACAGUUCCUGAUCUCAGAUCUGAGCCCCGGGACCACCUACUGCCUGACGGCCGAGAGUCGCUUGCACCUGCUGGGCCGUAGAAGCACCCGGAGCCCUAGGGCCUGCAUCACCACACUGUGAGGGCCAGGAUCUAAUGUCUUCCCCCAGGGGAAAAUGUAGCCCUGGAUUUCUCUGCCAAACCGGAAACUCAACAUGAUACUGUGACAAUCAAACCUCACUUGAAGUAUACACUGAUUUAUCCAUUAUUACCUCAGGUACUGCACAGGGAUGCACUUUUAGGAUCCUUCACAUUUCUUUCAUCGAUAACUUUUGUUGACUAAUGUUGUACUUAAAACAAUGAGUAGACACCAAACAAUUAAACAUUGUGAUAUGUCAUCAAUAAUUAAAUUACAGCACACAUAGCAGGGGUAGGUAACUAGAUUCAGCCACGUGCUGAUUUUUGUCAGAGUGGAUGGUUGUGGGGGUUAGAACACAAUUAUAAUAAUUUGUGCACUGCAGAUUGACCACAACUAAGCCAAAAAUGAGAUUUCCUAAAUCAAAAUCAUUUUUAGAUGAAUUCUUGGUGAUUUGAAAGUAUUAUUUUUUUAACCAAAAACGUAACAUUUUGGGAGGACAAAAUAUCCCACUUGCGGACUGCCUGUUGCAAAUUAAAAUGAAAGGGGGAUACCUAGUCAGUUGCACAACUGAAUGCAUUCUGCCAAAAUGUGUCUUACGCAUUUAACCCAACCCCUCUGAAUCAGAGAGUUGCGGGGGCUGCCUUAAUCAAUGUCCACAGGAGCAGUUGUUGUUGGGGGUUAACUGCCUUGCUCAAGGGCAGAAUGGCAGAUUUGUCCACCUUGCUGGCUCUGGGAUUUGAAUCAGCAACCUGGCCCAACGCUCUUAACCGCGAGGCUACUUGCCGCCUCACUAUGCUAAUAGGUAGAUAUUGAUAAAGCACAAUCAUUCCUAUCCUUGUGUAGUUGGUGCUUAUGUAGUUGGGGUGGGGUUGCACUGUAGGAUAGAUGUGAAGGAGCUCUGCUGUUCUCUGCAGUCUGUGUUGACGAGGGACAAAACAACCUACCGUCUCCUAUAUAAUUGCUAAGGUUGCUUUUACACAGGCAGCCCAAUUCUGAUAUUUUUUUCACUAAUUGGUCUUUUGACCAAUCAGAUCAGCUCUGAAAAAUACUUGACGUGAUUGGUCAAAAGACCAAUAAUGGGGAACAAAGAUCAGGCUGCCUGUGUAAACACCGCCAUAGAAUCCCAGUAAAUUACAGUCUCCUGGGUCCUGAUUACAUUGACAUGUAAUCAAUGAAUGUAAUGAAUCAAUAAUUCAAAUAAUGAAUCAGUUUUACUAGCACUGGUUUAGCAGAAAGCUGCUUUUUAAAAUUUGCAAUGACUGAUAUGUGGUUGUCUUACCUACCUUACUUGAAUGCACUGACUCUAAGUUGCUCUGGAUAAGUGUCUGCUAAAUUACUCAUUACACUGUCUGUAUUCAACUGCAAAUAAAACCUACUCAUUUUGCUUUGACAAACAUAUCCUUGCGGAUAUCUUUAUUGAGGUUGAUUUACAGAAGGGACACUAAUAAUUCAAAACAAAUAUGAACAAUAAUUGUUUAUCUUAUACUACAGUCAUCUCAGACAACAAUUCAAAUCUACAAUUCAUAAAUUGCAAUUUCAGAUCGUACAACAAAUCCUUUUGUGUAAGAUCAACAGUCCAUUUGAUCGCUCUUUAUGAAUGCAUCCUACCUCAUACUGUAUCUUUAACAUCAUAUCACUAUAGAUUUGUUCUGUUUCCACCAACCUGUAUGGAGCAUGACACGGGACAGAAUCAUAUAUUUCACAUUUCAUUAUUCAGUCUUACGCAUGCAGCAACAAUUUUAACCCUGAAUAAAAUUACUCUCACUAUUAUGCUCUGACUUAAAUUGUUUUGAAUUGUAACAGAAUGGCAAUAUGUUUUCAGACUGGUUUUUGAUAAACAUCAAAUGUGUGUAUAAUACAUAUAUAAUAGGAUUUUUUGUUUUUACAAAUCAUACAUUUUCAUGUUUUACAGGUUUAACCUCCUCUAUGAAGGAAAAAAAUCUUAUUACAAUGUAUUCAAUUUCUUGGGAUAAACACAAUACAGAUGAUUCAUUCAG